AUGCUGACAGCCCAAAUCACGUGCAAUUCCUGGAAUGAUUCGGACUUGGUUAACGAUCAGUGUUUCAAGUUUGUUCCCACACCCUUGACUCAACAAAGAGCUCAGUUCAAGUCUUAUCAAGGUCUUUAUUUCUUUCAGAAGUUUUGUCAAUCCUUGCCCGAGAAGGGAACACUGUUGGAAGUGGAUUCGAACACGUACCCAUUCGGGUUCAUCCCAGCAAAUUUUGGUGUAGGUUCAGAAAUAUGGCUGGGAGCGACACGAAAGACCGUCACCAGCCCCUGGGUGUGGAAAGACGAGACCCCUGCCAAGGUCGCCGGGCUGUUGAAGGCUGAGACAAAUCAGCAGGCGUCAGACCUGUGCAUCAAGUUACUUCCCUUUGGUGUCGCGGAGGCGGUUCCGUGUUCGUUAAACCUGCCAUUCGUGUGCAUGGGCUCAAAGAUCCCCCACGGGAAGAUAUGCAGCGAUGACUUCCCUUGCCGGGACGGGUACGAGUGUGUUGACAGGACGUGCGUCUGUCCCAGUGAUCGGUACUUCGAUCCGGCGAUACCAGACUGCAUCCCCAGGCUGGGGUAUGAAGACGUCUGUGACAUCACUGAGCACUGCACCUUGACCCACACGUGUGUGAGCAACAAAUGUGUCUGCUUCAAGCAUCAAUUUUACGACGUCAACGCCACGAAGAGUUGUAUUAACAAAUAUCACCUAGGUUACGAGUGUAAAGAAGACUACGAGUGCAUGCAUUCUAUGGAAUGUAUCAGCAACAAGUGCGGUUGUCCUAGUCCAAUGACGUAUGUGGCUAUUAAAAUGCUUUGUCUUGAAGUUUCCUCUCACGACGCCAACUUGACCAGGAACAAAAAACUGAAGGGUGUUCUUGGAGGUCUGGUGGUGCUGGUCUUUGUGCUCAUGGUCAUCAUGUGCUCGGCGAUGAGGGGGAAUUCAUGUGGCUGCAGAAAACAUUCCAAGCCAACAACUGUUGUACAUGAGAAGAAACGCGAAAAACCAGACGACCCAUGA